GUCGCUCCCAUCCGGCCCGAGCGCAAGGCGCGGGGAAUCGAUUCCCGAGGGCCACGAUCGCCACUCCUUUCCUUCUCGUUGGUAUCAGCGGGCUGCGUCGCCGCCGGCCGAGUAAUGGAUGAGAGGGCGGACAAGAUGGCGGAGAAGGCGCAGAAGAGGUGAGCAGAAUCGAGCUGGUCGGGUCUCUUUGGUGGUGGGCUUAGCGGCGGCCUGGUGGAUGGCAGGUCUGCAAUUUGGCUAAGAAGGUGGGCGGGAGCCCCGGUCUUCUUCCCAGUUCUCUUUUGCCCGGUGCAGAAUUAAAUUUAGCAUUAUUCUCGCCAUUUGCCACGGCUGCCCCUUUAUUAUUCUCUUUUUACCUUGUAUGCAUUUCGCCUCUGCGUAGAAAUGUCUCGCAGCCGCUGCUGCCCGAUCUGUUUCAUGGCCUUUUGGCGCCACUAGAUCCAUUUUUCUCUCCACCGGAUCCCGUACCAGUGAAGUGAGGAUAAGACUCCACGCAUCUGAUAUGAAAGAUCAAUAAAAAAAGGGGGUCUUAGUCUGAUACUUUUCCAGCUUGGAACUUCUUACUCCGUAGUUUUUAUUUAUAUGCUUUACCGCUUAUUCAGGCUGCUGCUUUUUUAUACCAGGGGGAGAGAAUCUUUUUAAUAAAAACAAAAACAGCCCCACUCUCCUGUUGCUUUGCCUUGUAGAGAAAAGUAAAUAGGACAUGAAAGUUACACACGCGCUGCUGUCCUGUGCCCUUGCCUUAGAAGUCAGCCCCACUGAGCUCAACUGGGCGUAUUUUUAGUAGACAUGUAUAAGAAUUCCAUUGUUUAAAAAUGCUUUCCUCCUUUGGGGGGGUGGAGCAGUCUAAUUGUCUGUGUCACAGACUUCAGGCUUGUGAAACAUUUUGUUUUUUUACUAGAACCCUGGUUAGGUUUCUUAAUUUUUGUAGCCCCCUCCCUGAGGGACACGAUGGAACCCUGAGAUGAACUGUCAAGCCUAAAUUCUCUUAGCACCCCUUUCUUGAACUGCCCAUCAAGGAAAAUUUGGAGCCACUGUAACUGACCCCUGUUACAUCUGGGUAACAGCACCCAGCUCUCCUAAUCUGGAAUUAAAAGCCACUGAGUGGGUCUCAGCUUGAUUGAAAUAUUCUGGAUAUAUUUUCAUAUACAUGUGCUUUCAAGGGAGAUGCAAAACAUUGUUGUUGUUUUUUGUUGAUGUUCUCUUUUCCAGUGUAAAGAUUGCUCCUGGAGCUGUUGUCUGUGUCGAGAGUGAAAUCAAGGGUGAUGUGACAAUUGGUAAGAGAAAGUAAUUUGUGUGGUUACUGUAGUUGUCAGAAUCUCCAAUUUGAAUUAUUGUCAGAUUAAAGAUACCAGUCUACAAAUAGUCUCUUAAUUCUCACAUAUUGCUUAACGUUUUAAAACAGCAUUGCCUUCAGUACGAGACAAUCCCUUGAUUGUACAGGGGAAGAUAAUCCAAACAAGAUCAAUGUUUGUUUACAGUGUGGGUGGGGAACCUGCUGUGGAAAUUGUUAGACUCCCAACUACCAUCAGCCCCAAUCAACCUGGCCAAAUGUGAGGGAUGUUGGGAGCUGUAGUCAAAUCAUAUCUGGAGGGCCACAGGAUUUCUGCUCAUAGUUUGCAACAAUGAACAGUGAGUAGAACCAGUGAGCCGAUCAGAAGUACAGGUGCUCAUGAGGGCAAAUAGUUUGUGAUCUGAAAUACCCCUUCCAUAUUUAUGUGGUGCUCUUGCUGAGAAUGUAAAAAGCUUGUGGGUGUGAUGGCCUGGGAUUCGGAUUCGGAUGCUGAACCUGAGGAAUCCCAGCCUGCACAGGAUUCCCCUCCUCCAGAACCAGCUGAGCCGGGGCUGGGGCUUGAGCCUGAAGGGUCCUCACCUGUGCUGGAUCCCCAGGUGCAGGCACCAGCUGAGUCUGCUCCAGCUCCUGAGGGGGUGGAGGACCCAUUGCCUGCAGGUGCUCCACUCUCAGCCCUGUCAGGGGAAGCUGAGGUUGCCUCUGGGUCCGGUAACCCUCCAGCUUCUCCUGAGCUGCAGAGGCUCAGGGCAGAGAGGCGGAGGGAACUAAGUUCCCACAGGAGGAGUGCUUGCCUCCAGGCCAGGAGAGGCAAGUCGCCUGAGGAUCGGGGCCGCCCUGUGCCUCGGGACAGAUAAAAAGCCAGCCAGCCUCAGUCCCAAGUUGCAGGAUUAACUUCGUUGGUUGUCAGUUCCUGCCUGAACCCUGUCCUGCCGGAGCUCCUGACCUCACCCGACUACCUGCCCUGCAUCCAACUUCAACUUUUACGGACUGCCUCCAUACUGCACCUUCGACCUUGGACUGGACUCGGACCUCUCAGUUAGCCCACGGGACCAGCACAGUUGUGUUCCAAUAGUCCCUUCCACUGUUUGAGAAUAUAGUUGGUAGUUGAGAUUUCUUAUUGGUUCCAUGUACAUCCAUGGUAGCCAUGUAUUGAGACAAAUUGAUACUGCUGCCCCAUACCCUCUGUUUUCAUAAAGUAGUUGGAGAAAUAUCUAACCGCUAUACUCAGGAGUAAACUUUUGAGUAUUUCCUACAGGGCCUAGGACCGUGAUUCACCCCAAAGCACGGAUCAUUGCAGAAGCUGGACCAAUAGUAAUCGGGGAAGGUAACCUCAUAGAAGAGCAGGCAAUUAUCAUAAAUGGGUAUGUAUGAUAUGUUGAACUUUUCUUGGGCCAAAAUGGUGUACCUUGGGAAGGCCUUAGCGAAUGCAGCCAAAAGCCAGCUUAAUUUUUAAAAUGUAAAUGCAAGCAUAAUAUUAUGCAGUCUACCCUACACUAAUAAUAAUAAUAAUAAUAAUAAUAAUAAUAAUUUUAUUAUUUAUAUGCCGCUUACCUGGCUGGGUUUUCCCAGCCACUCUGGGCAGCUUACAAACCAUACAUAUCAUAGCUUUCUGUCCCCUGCAGCUUCUCUCAGUGGUGGACCACAUGUUAUGUGUGCAGAAGAUCCCACCCAUAUCACCUUGGUUAUACCAGUGAAAAAGAUCCUGGCAACCCCUUGCUUGAGUUCUUGGAAAGCUGCUAUCAGACUGAGCAGAUAGUACUGAGCUAAAUGGACCAUUGGUCUUAUUCAACAUAGAAAGCUGCCUUGUGCUACCCAAAGCCACUAAAACUUAAAUCUCCCAGGCCACCUGCCUUGCUCUUUUUUCUUGGCAUCUUCCUAAACGGCCUCUUCUCAUUUGCUCAGUUUUGCAGGGACAGUGUAAGUUCAGUGUUAAAAUGGAAAGAAAUGCAAAGCUUCUUCAUGAAUGCACUGUUGCAGAUAGGUAGUAAAUCUUCAUGUUGAAUCCUUGUGCUUUAUUUUAUGUUCCACUGUGGAGGGGAUAUGCCACUAAAGAAAGCACGUGUAAGAAAUCUAAGAUAAAGAACAAAGCUUCCUAUAAUCCUUGCAUGCCUUCAGUAGUUCACCGUUGUACACAUUUAAUUUGAUCACACAGUAUUUUACGUGAUUUUUAAAUUCCCCUUACCCCACUACAGUGGUACCUCAGGUUACAUACGCUGCAGGUUACAGACUCCGCUAACCCAGAAAUAGUGCUUCAGGUUAAGAACUUUGCUUCAGGAUGAGAACAGAAAUCGUGCUCUGGUGGCACGGCAGCAGCAGGAGGCCCCAUUAGCUAAAGUAGUGCUUCAGGUUAAGAACAGUUUCAGGUUAAGAACAGACCUCUGGAAUGAAUUAAGUACUUAACCAGAGGUAUCACUGUAUUUUGAAGAAGAAGAGGAGUUUGGAUUUGAUAUCCCGCCUUUCACUCCCUUUAAGGAGUCUCAAAGCAGCUCACAUUCUCCUUUCCCUUCCUCCCCCACAACAAACACUCUGUGAGGUGAGUGGGGCUGAGAGACUUCAGAGAAGUGUGACUAGCCCAAGGUCACCCAGCAGCUGCAGGUGGAGGAGCGGGAAAGCAAACCCAGUUCCCCAGAUUACGAGACUACCGCUCUUAACCACUACACCACACUGGCUCUCUUUGAUAUGCAUUUUGUGGUGUUCUCUUAGUGCAGAGAAAUUAAAUGGGAAUUAGUUUGAUCUCCUGAAUUCUUCAGUUGCACAGCACUACUGGUGUCUUCUUUAGCCUGGCAGAGCAUAUUGCUCUACUGUGCCAACAGUCACCUGUCCUCAUUGGCUCUGCAGUCUGAACAAUCAGCUUUCUAACUCCUAGAAAAAGGUGAAUACAAGGUACUUUCUAUACUGAAGGACUUUUCCUCAUCUGUAUCCAUUUUUCAAAGCUAAAUGUUUUGGGAAGCUGCCCAUAAUUUAGUUUUUCACCAGAUAUAUUUAAAUUGCUAUGUAGAUGCAAAGGUGGAUCUUUCGCCCAGCAACCUCCUUUCAAAUUCACACCUGUUCUGGUAUUCCAGAAGAAACAGACUUGCCUUUGGGGCAAAGGGUAGAGUGGGGAAUCAAAAGCAGCAGCCCAAUGCCAUUGCCAAAGUUUUAACUGUCCAAACCUUAUAGCUACCAAAGAUAAAGACAGUUCUCAAUCUUUCAACAAAGACAUGGUUUUUUUGUGAUGUAGAAAUGUUAAUGAAUGUUUCAAUCCUUUUACAGCUGUCCUGAAAACAUUACCCCUGAUACAGAGGAGGUGGGAGCCAAACCAAUGAUCAUUGGCACCAACAACGUCUUUGAAGUUGGCUGUUGUAUCCUUCAAAAGAGCAGUGUUUUUUAAAGUGAGAAAGUGUAUGUUUGCACAGGACAGGGCUACUUUAGCAAUGAAAACACCAGUUCUGUGAUGGAGUGAUUUAUUACACACACACACACACACACGCAACCCUUUUCACAAAGCAGAAUUGUCUGAGUUUAAUGACCUAUCUCAGAUUCCACAGGUGUUGUUAGUCACUUAUAUCUCUUUUGUUCCCAGUAACUUCCACCCAUAGGCAUUUUGUUCAUGUUCAAGGCAAGAGCUUCCUGAUAAUGAUGGGGUGUGGGUGUGUUUGUAGUAAACCUCAAUGAUAUUUUAAUUCAAGAACUGCAUGCAUUUAUUUCACUACACAAAUGUGCUGCAUGGGCUCGCUGUGCCUUUCAUUUCACAGGGAAUGUGUGGCAAAAUAGAUGUGUCUGCUCAGCAUGUUGCAGCAUUCACAACAAACAUGGUAAACACAUGCUAGUUUCCCUAAUGUGAAAAAAAGCAACCCUGCAUUGUGAGCAGUGACCUCUCUCUUGGGACAAAAGGCCUCAAAGUUCUGUUUUGUUUUGUCUAAAGGGAUCAACCAUUGCAGCUGGUGUUCCAAACUCAAAUGCGCAAUCUUAAAUAAAUGCAAUCCAAAGGACCAGGUAACGAAAGCAACCCUCCUACAAGGCAAGCAAAGCAAUGCAAAACAUCACAUUUAAUAUCAUUACAGUUUCCCUUGUUCUUUCCUUACCUGUAAUAUUCUCCAUGUUGGCUGUGUUUUAAACCUAGUUGACAGCCUUCUAGUACAACAAGCUGUGAGUUUUGUUUAAUCUCCUGUCUAUCUUCGCCUUCCUUUUCUGCCUAAUUUUAACACAGCUUAUAACCGUUGAAGCCACAGAACAGUGGUAGGAGCACCUUUGCUGUAACAAGAGGGUCGUUCACAAUCAUAACAGCUAAUUGGUUGCUCACAAAGAACUUCCCACUGAUCUUUUACUUGUUCUGCUGAGAGAAUUCCACUCACUGUUCAUUCCUUCUCUGUGGCAGUUUGUAAGAGCCUAGCAGAAGAACCUAGGACCACAGAGCUGGCUGCUCUGAGCAUUGAGGAAAGCCUUUGAGCACACACUCAAAGGUCCAUAGGCAGCUUUUGAUUAAACUAAAGACCACUGGUCCAGGAGCUUUCAAAUCACACUUUACUGAAGCAGGCCACUUGUCCUGAACGCCUUUUCAAAACAUGGGGAUUCUUCAGAGAGGAUUAUAUUAGGAGGAAUCCAGGAUAAGGGAGCAUGCAAACUAAAUAUCUAAGUACUCUUCUUAACUGUGAACUUACAGAUUCCCAGGCAAUGAAAAUAGGAGACAACAAUGUAAUUGAGUCCAAAGGUAUGUAUGUUGAUUAAGUGGGAAAUCGAUAACUGGGGGUUAUUUUUUUGUUUCUGGUUUUUGCAUUGUAUUACAUAUUCUCUAUGCUUCUGAGGACCACUCCGACAUCUGAAAAUAGUGGAACGGUUUAUGUGAAAAACCAAUUUUGAUAAAUAUAUUGCAAGUCCGUAGUAGCAUGCUUAAAAUUGCAGCCUUGCUUUAAAAAAAAAAAAAAGUUUGACCAAGACCGUAGUUUUGGAAACAGCACACACACACUCCAUUUGCAAACUUUCUUAAUUCUGAGUUUCCCCAUGUUCUCCUAGGGCAGUCGUGGGUAACCAAAGGCCCUCUAGAUGUUGCUGGAUUAAAACUCCCAUGAGCCCUAGCCGGCUUGGUCAGGGAUGAUGGGAGAUGUAGUCCAGCGUCAUCUGCAAGGUCACUGGGUCCUCAUCCCUAUGCUUGAUGGUACAGACUGUGGCAAUUUAAGACCAGAGUGUGGUUGCACAUCCCUGGGUUGUUUACACUUGGAAAUAAGCAGUGGACCUGGUGGUACUCAGAAGUGAGACUGCACAUGAUUGCAGCCAAAAUCUGAUAUCAGCUGAUACCUCAAACAAGUUGAGUUCUAGAAACAAGACAAAAAAUUUGGGAUGUUACAGAGGAGUAACAGAGAGUAGACUUAUGUUGAUGAUGCUGGGCCAAAGAACAGACCACUGAUGAGACUUCAUGACGUUGCUCAUUCUAGAUGGGUUUUUUGUCUCGGCAGCAUUUGUGGGUAGGAACGUGAUCCUGACAAGUGGCUGCAUCAUUGGCGCCUGCUGCAAUGUCAACACCUACGAAGUCAUCCCUGAAAACACGGUCAUCUAUGGAGCUGACUGUCUCCGGCGAGUGCAGACUGAGCGGCCCCAGGUAGGUGCAUGACAGGAGGUCAACCUUUGCUAAUAUGUUGCCAGUUGUUCCUCCCUUCCCAACAACAUGACUUUGCCAACCCAGUCUGGUCUAUCAGGACGGAGAGCCACUUGCUUCCUUUUCUUUCCCAUCAACUCAGCACUCCCGUGUCUACUGUGCAAAGGCCAGUGGCAGUGGAGCAACUGAUUUGUCAAUGAGAAUGUCAUACGAAACCUGGCACAAACCUAAACACAAUUUUUAAUCCUCUCUGAGAGGGUCACUUGUAAGAGUCCAUGAUGCCUGGCCCUUGACAAGCCACAGUUUGCAAUCAGUUUCUAAUUCUGGUUUUCUAGCUGAUUGCAAACUGUGGCUUAUCAAGGUCCAGGCAUCAUGGACUCUUACAGGUGACCCACUCAGAGAGGAUUAAAAAGCCUGUUGUCUUUCUCAGCUUGGCUGGGGGGUAGGAGAGACUCCCAGGAUGGGGGCGGAUAGGAAAUAGAAAUGAAGUUUCUGGUUAAUUGAUCAUUUGCUUUCCCUUAUGUUGUCUUUAAGGAUGCUUUGGUUCUUUAUCCCAUGAAUUAUUUUCCCUGGUAGAGCAGAACAUAAGCAAAUGAAUUCAGACUGUCAGUAUUAUCACCUAUCUGGUGCUUCCCCCCCCCCCAUUUUUUCACACUGCUGUUCUUUCUAGCCACAAACAUUGCAGCUGGACUUCCUAAUGAAAAUCCUGCCAAACUAUCACCAUCUUAAAAAAGCCAUGAAACCAACUUCUACACCUGUGAAGAGCUGAAGACACCCUUCUCCCAGCAUGCUUACCAGAACUGCAGUGCUUUCAGGACUCUUGUGUCCGCAAGAACUAACUCACUUAACUUACAUGCUCGUUCAUUCCAUUGUGCAACAUAAUGUUAUUUAUUAAAAUGUUG